UGUAAUACAAUCCAAACUAAUCUAUUAGUAUGAUGCUUUAUAGCUUAUCUCCACCCAAGUCUCCAAUCCUCUCUUACCAUUUCACCUCAUUGCUUUUUCUCUCUUUUCUUUUCCCUCUCAGUCAAAUAUUACUAAUCAGAGUGCAGAAGAGAAAGAGGAGAUGGCUUAUCCUGCUGUGGUUUCUCUCAAACAAACCAUACAUCACCUCCUAAUCUCUCCUCAUAUUUCCAUCCUCUCUCCCACUCGACAAACCUUACAAGAUGCACACAAACACCUCACAUCCAUCCAACAAUCCCUCACACGAUCCAUUGACAUCAACUGCGGAAGUGAGAAAAGGAACAAACUAAACACUUUAGACUCACAAAUCAGAGAAGCUGCUCACCAACUACAAGACUCCCUCGAAUCCCACACCUCAAACCUCUUCCUCUCAAUCCAACACCACAUUUCCUCUCCGUUAAAGAUAGACUUGCACCACGAAAUCACUUCCUUCACCGAAACAGCAAAGGAACUGGAGAAGAACUACAUUGAAGAGUUAGAAAUCCCUAAUUCCGAGGAAGAAAACUCAGCUGAAAUUGUUACGAAUUCGGCUGUAAAGAUGGUCGGUAUGUCCGAUGCAAUCGCCGAUAUGAAAGAGCACCUCCUCAGAAUCACGCGGCCGGACUACUUCGGCGUUUACGUCUUCUUUGGUGGAGCCGGCAACGGUAGAUCCAUCGUUGCUAGGGGCGUUUACGACGCCGUAUGCAGAGGGGGUGACACGCAUCCACUCAAACAAAUGUUUCUCGAUGUCAUCGCUCGAAUAAGAGGACGACGCUCGAUCUACUGGCACUACGACAAAAAUACCAUGUGCGGUGCGAGGGUGAAGAUUGGCGCAACAUAUCAACUCAAACAAGUCCUUGUAAACAUCAUCGCUCAAAUAAAUUGUACUACUUCCGUCGCUGAAAAGGACGGAUUGAGUAGUACCGAGCAAAAAAAUCUGGUUUCAGAAGUGGAAUUAGGGCAACAUCUCGCCGCGAGCCUGAAAGGGAGGAGAUACAUCAUUGCUUUAGACGAUGUGAGGGAUACCGAGGUUUUGGCGCGGCUGAGGAGGUGGCUGCCGGAGCAGAACAACGGGAGCAUAGUGCUCGUGACGACGGGCGUGGUUGAAGUUGCCGAAUUUGAUGAUAGUUUUUUUCGAUUUGAAAUUCCUGUGGUUUUGAAUGAGGCGAUCAGCUGGAGGUGCAUUAAGGGGUUAAUUGAGAGCCGCGGGUGGGUGGUGACGACUGCGUUUGAGGAGGCCGGGAAGAAGAUUGCGGAUAAUUGUAGAGGGUACCGGAUUGUCGUGGCCAAGGUUAUGGUGGCGCUGCUGAGAUCGGAGAAGUCGCUUAACUUGUGGAACAAGUUAGCCGCAGAUAAAGAUGAUCCCAUUUUCAAGGUUGAUGAUGAGAUAUUGGAGGCAAGUGAAAUCAAGAAAGGUUUGCAUGAGGAAAAUGUAAGAGAGUGCGAUUUUCUCUUUGAUGUAUCCAUUUUGAUCAAUAGAGUUAAGAGAAAUCUUUAUCCAAAAAGAUUUUUUUCCCCAAUGGGAAUCAUGGCAAUCUAUGGAAUGGCUGGAAUUGGCAAAACUACUCUUAUCAGGAAUAUUUUUGAAGAUUCCUCAAUUUUGGGUAGUUUCGAUCACCAUGUGUGGAUUAAUAUAGGUCAGAAGUAUCAAUCAAAAGAGAUUUUGGUUGAUAUUCUACAUCAAAUUUAUCCACACAUAGAUAGAAGAUUAAUAAAAGAGGGUGAAAAAUUAGUCAAGAAUUUGUGCGCGCAAUUAUCCGAUAAGAAAUGUCUCAUUGUAUUAGACGAUCUAUGGAGACAAGAGCCUGUCCAUUUCUUGAAAAAGUCCAUUCCGAACAUCAAGGGUGAACUCGUGGUUACAACUAGGAUGCUCAAAGUAGGGUUUUUUGGGCCGUGUGAUAUGGCUUACAAACUGCGGUUAUUGAAUAAAGAAGAAAGUUGGGAUCUUCUUCGUGAGAAGGUGUUUGUUGAGGAGCGAUGCCCUUCUCAACUUGAAAAGAUAGGAAAGAAGAUUGCAGAGAAUUGUGAAGGUCUUCCUCUUCUUAUUCUCGCAGUUGCUGAUUUUCUAUCAAAAUCUGAGAAAACCCUAGAGCAGUGGAACAAGGUCGCGGAGAAAAAUAAUCAGAAUGUAAUGAAUGCACAAAUUGAAAUUUCAAAAGGGUUGCUUCCAAGUUAUGAGGCUUUACCUCAACAACUAAAAGUGUGCUUUCUUUAUAUGGGAGUUUUUCCGCGUAAUCAUGAGAUCCCUACUUCCACACUCAUGAAAUUGUGGUUUGCAGACGGAUUUAUUGAACCAAUUUUUUCGCAAACUACAAAAGAUUUUGCAUCAAACUGCUUGAAGGAGCUUGAUCAGAGCAGUAUGGUUAUGGUAAAGAAGGGGUCGGAUUUGGAAAGUAAUAAGAGUUGUAAUCUCCAUUCUGUCUAUUGGCAUCUAUCUUGCAAUAUUGCUAGGGAAAGCAAGUUUUUCCAUGCCAUGGAUAAUUACCUUGAUAAAUCAACGAAAAGUUUAAAUGACCAACGCAGAUUAUGCAUCCGCAAAAGCAUUUUAUUGGGAAUCAAAGAUGUAUAUAACACAGUGGCUUCUGCUUCUGCUUCUGCUUCACGCGCUUUGCUAUGCACUGGUCCGCCUCAUCCAUAUCCUGUUCCAUUGUGUUUUGGUUCAAGAUUGUUGACGAUUAUUGAAGCUCUUGGAAUCCGUCUAUACGAUUUUCCAGAUGAAGUAGUGAAGCAAAUCCAUCUAAGGUACAUUGCCCUCACUUGUGAUGGGAAUCUCCCACCUUCCAUUUCCAAACUUUGGAGUCUUCAAUUCUUGAUUGUUAGGAAAUAUUUGAGUAUCAAAAACUCAAAAAGUUCUUCAUAUUUGCCAAAUGAAAUAUGGGAUAUGAAGGAACUAAAACAUCUUGAGGUCUCAGGAAGUAAGCUCUCUAACCCUAGUUGUGGAGCCCUUUUGCCUAACCUCUCAUCACUCUUGGAUGUUAGUGUUCAUAAUUGUGAAAAGGAGAUUUUGAAAAGAAUACCUAAUGUGAAAAAAUUAGGCAUUCAAAUUGAGUUGGAACCGGAUGAGGAGAGCAAUCCAUUUCACAACUUGAAUUUUAUUGCAAAUCUAGGUAAACUAGAAUCACUUAAAUGCGUCGUUGUGAAUCCUGAGCUAGGGCCAGACUUCAUUUCCCCUCCCGCUCCUUAUUCUAUGCUUCCGUUGAGCCUAAAAAAGUUGUGUCUAAGUGGUCUUGGAUAUCCUUGGAAGUACAUGAAUAUAAUUGGUAGUUUGCCAAAUCUCAAGGUGUUGAAGUUGCAAUGCCAUGCUUUUCAAGGACCAUUCUGGGAAAUCGGUUAUACCGAAUUCCCAAAACUAAAGUUCCUUUCAAUUGAAGAUACUGAUCUAGUUCAAUGGAAUAUCAUAUUUCCAAGUGCCUACUUCCUUCAGCAUAUAAGCAUCAAACACUGUUACAAUCUAGAACAAUUGCCUUCUUCUUUGAUUGACAAUGUUCAAAUGUUGGAAGUAAUUGAUAGCCACCCUCUAGCUGUGAACUGGGCCAAGAAAAUGAAGGAAGAAAAUUGGGAGAUAAGAAAGAUGAAAAGUCUUGAAGUUCGUAUUCAAUGUUCGUGGUAUGAUGAAAAAUAAAAACGACGACCGUGCCAACUGAUGAAAGCCAAGACAUCUGGUUGGAAAGAUCACUUUUGGUGUCCCAAGUAUAUUGGGAAAAGAAAGUGUGGAGUCUCAAGAAUAUUGGAAAAAGUCACUUUAGAGUUUCAAGGAAUAUAACAUUAAUAGUGUUAUAGUUCCAAUUGUUUAGUUCUUAGGUACAUUACUUCUCUAGUCCUAUAAAUAGGGAUGUACUAUGUAUCAACAAAACAAUCCAAAUUCAAAUCAAUAAAAAUGUAGUCUUCAAGAGUUA